GGGGAGGGAGAAGUUGUGGACCAAUGUCAGCAGCUGCGCAAUAUCAGGGAAAACGGAUUUGAAUUCCGAAGUAGUUUUCAUCUGAUACCCGCUCGUUCGACUUCUACACCGAUAUUCUCUCGUCCCACUUAAACUACAUUAUAACUUCACGGAGUGUACGGAAUUUUGUGACCGAGAUGCGAUUUUUUCUGGAAUUCGGUUUCCUCGUUCUGAUCGUCGAAUUCUGCGGUUGUCCGCCGGCUCCGAUUUUCGCCGAUCCCUAUGCCGCUAAAGAAGAAAAUCCCGCCAGCGGAGCUUUGAAAAGAGUGAAAAAGGACACGGGAAAUAACGAAUACCUGGAGGAAUGCGCUUUCGUCGAUAGCUGGCAGGGACAACAUGGUUUUAUAAAUGUCUUGGCGUUCUUGGACGCCUCGUGGCAGUACAGCCACAGGCAAGCGAACAUGCUCAAAAUGCUCCAGGAUCGUUUGGAGAAAUCCGGGAUGAAGGAUAUCCACUUUUUCGUGAUAAAUUCGGCGGAACCGGAGGCUUCCUUCAACGACACCGAUCUUGAGGACGAAAGGAAGGCCUGGAACGACGCGGAAUCCGCGGAAUACCAGGAUACUUUUUCGGAAGUCGAACAAACGAGAGAAGCGUUGAAAGAAAAAAUCGACCCGAACAUAGCCUUCGUUCAAGAUAACGACGAGCUGAAAAUUUGGGACAAAUUAUCCGCCACGAGAGACCAAGUCCUGGUGAUCGAUAGGUGCGGAAAACUGAGCUACAGAGUGAUCGUUCCUUGGAGUAUUUUACAUUUUCCUUACGUGAAAGCCGCCAUACUUUCCACUUACAAGGAGCAGCCGUGCGGCCCGUGUGAUAUAGAAACUACGAGUCAAAGCAGUUACAACGAAACUCAGACGGAGGAGCACGCGGAAUUGUUACCGGAGAGUUUUGACGUUAUGCGAAUGAAGGAGAUAGCGGUGCAGAAAUAUAAUCUGGACGACAGUUACAACAAGCCGAAGAAAAUCUAUCAUUCCGGUAAUCAGCCGAAGGAGAUACCCCAGAACGUUAUCGAACUGAUGAACAAAAGCGCGAACGUGAGACUCGAGAAAACGAAAGCCGAUUUGAGACAAAAUUUACAAAAUUCGAAGGAUUUUUCGACAACGAUCGACCCCGAAUACGCCGACGAUAAAUACGGUGAUGUCGAUUCCACCACGGUGAUAUCUACCGAGGACAAUUUGGACGAAGAUGGCCAGGGGUACAUCGCAGUCACCACGGAUAUUUCUAACGUCAGUGACAGCACAGAAUUUCAAAACGACGAAAACACGUCGAUGAUGAUUUUUGACAGAAUCGAUAUCGCUGAAGACGAGAGCACUGGAUCGAAUAAUUUCGAGUCAACGACCGAAGCAGCUAGCCUAGAUAUAUUUAAAAACGAUACCGACGACGAGGGAGAGAAAUUUGGCUCGCUUUUCGAUUCGACGGAAAGAAGCGAGAGCAGAAACGCCUACGCUGAUGAGAACCACUCGGAAUCGGAGACCCCGAAUUACUUUGAAAAGGUCAGUUCGAAACAGGGUGACAAUCAGAUAAGGAGGAUGACCGUUGAAUCUGUGGAAAAGGAUUCCGACGAACACUCACAAAAUGCCGAUUACGUUAUGCCGAUUAGAAUAAUAAUGCACGCUCCGCAUACCCAUGAAAACGAGGAGCCUGUGAAAAAGCAUGAAUACUUGGUACUGAGAAUCGGGGAACCGGAAUUCCAUGGCCACUUGGAAUACGAAGGUGAUUUUUUUUCGAAUGACAACUUGGCCAGUUCGGAAACUGGAUACGACAAAAGCGGCAGUCUGGAUGAUGGAAUUAUAGGCAAAGAUAAUUUUGAGGCUGACCAGGGCAGCGGAGAAGUGUCGGACAAAAAUGGCGAAGAAGAUUCAUCGGGGCAACAUCAUCGUCACGAAAGUGGGUACAAAGGAAGUAAAGGAAAGCACUUGGAUCAGGUAUACGAUAAGGAUGAGAGUCCUGGUUUUUACGGGGAAGAUUCGGAGUACUGGAGAAUUAAUAUCGGAAAAGCGGAACAGCUUCGGCUCGGAGAGGACAACGAGAAGCGGCUCAAUAUUACAACGACGAGUGAGAAGGCUUCGGAAACGACCGAAGCAAAUCAAGAUCUUCAAACGCAGAAAAUUAUCCAUGAGAAUGAAGCUAUUGGCGAGGAGCAGGUCAACGCGGACCUCGAGAAGGAGGAUGAGAUAACCAGUCAGCUUUUUGUACAUUAUAGCAAACUGCUUCCGUGGCUGGACUAUGUUUUCGAACAUUGAAUGACAGCUGAGACGGGAAUACAAUCUACGAAACAAUUUGGCUUCUCAAUGGGUGUACAGGGCUCUAGCCUCGGUGCAUCUACAAGGCUUAACAUCUUACUUAUGUUCAGUGCGGAAAAUUUGUAUGAAUGAGUUAUGCGCCCUUUAGUUGUGUAAAACGAUUAGAUUAGUAGUACAAUGUUAUUUGGUACGAAAGUAUUGUCAGAAACUAUUAUUGAUAGAUAAGUUAUAAUGAACCUACAUACGAAUAUGCUAUACACGUUAGUAUUUUUGGUUUACACGUAUCUGAUUUUGAAUCUGAUGUUAAUUGGAGUAAAAGGUUCAGUACAUCUAUAGUGCAAGUAUUUCGAGUAUAAUUGUAAAAGUAUUGUAAGCACACUAUUAUAAGUCGUUAUACUCACGGAGGAUAAAUGCCUCUGUAAAAAUGGAGCCGUUAUAGGCAUGACGAUGUCCCGACAUGUAUUUUGAAAAGUUGAAUUAUGAAUAAACAUUACCGAC